AGAGGCGGCCGUGAGCGCCACCCGGCCCGCCGCCUCCCGCGCUCCGGCCCCGCGCAGCCUGCGAUGCGGAGGGCAUCCCGCGGAGGCGGCGGGGGCGGAGCCCGGGGCUGGGUGGGGGUAGAGGAGGGGAGAGCCCGUCCCCACCCUCCUCCUGUCCCCACCCUCUUGCCUCCCUCGGCCCCCCACCCUCCCGGGACUCCACCUCUCACCGCCUCCCCGCCCGCGGCCCCCGCGGCUCGCCCGAGCCCGGUUUAUCCACGCUCCCCAGGCCGGCCGCCUCGGCGCUCCCCGAUUCCUUCCCCAGUCCCGCUCGGCCUCCCCCGCACGCCCUCUCCAAGCCCUGCUUCUCCGGCCCUGGCUCUUACCUCGGCGCGCCGGCCCGACUCCCCGGCUCUCCCGGGCCUCAAGGCCCCAGGCCCGGCGGCUCUUCCCCACUCCCCCUCCUCUCUCCUCCACCUUCCCCUCCUCCCGUCCCUCCUCCUCUCGAAUCCGGGCUCCAGCCCAGCCAGGGUCUCUCCCUCCUCUCUCGCUUCCCCCAAAUCCCACCCCCGUCUCUCUUUCCCCGGGGCGGCGGCGGCCGCCGAAGCGGGGAGCGGGGAGAGAAGGAGGCGGCGCCGGGGACCGGGGAAAGCUCCCGGGCGGAGGGAAGGAGGAGGGUGCUGGAGAAGACAGGGCGGGGGCAAGAGGGGGGAGACCGGGGAGAGGGCACCUCCCACAACCCAAGCCCCGGGAGCCGCCCCGGAUCCCGGCCCCGCCCUGGACCGCCCACCACGCCGGGGAGAGGCGGAGAAGACGGUUGCACCAAGAGGAGGCAGCCCUCACCCGAGUGAGAGGAGAGAGGCAGAAUGGAUGAAAGAGAAAGGAGAAGCCAGGGUCCGACAGAGGAGCACGGGAGGAGGGGAUGGAAAUGAGAGGAAUGGAAGGAUGGAAUCUCCCCUAGAAAAGAGGAGACGGUGAUGCUGUGAAACUGAAAAUUACCGUGAUGCUAUUCAUUGCCACACUGCUGAUCAUAAAUCAGGAAAGGAAGCCAUGUUAAUGUCCAAAUCACAAGAGUAUUGCAUCCGUAAAUUGGAAUGUAUCCACUCAAAGGAAUAGUUAUGAGAACAUGUUUAAAAGAGUAUCUAAUGACAUUAACCUGGGAAAAUACAAGUUUGAGAGAAAAAAGAAUAUAAAAGUUGUACAACUGUG